CAAAGUAUAAAGCGAGCGAGCGUCUGCGAAGUGUUCGACCCGCUUCUCUCAAGAUCCUUUCCAAGGCUCCAUUUCGACACAACACAACAGGCAACAGCUCAAUUGGUCCAUCAUAUAUCUGAUGUAUUGAUUUACACGAGAGUAGUUCUGUCCACCAUGAGCUCUGACGAUUUGGAAGGUGACGAUAUCUGGGGCGACUCUGCCGGGGAGACCAAACAAGCCGAGCCCGAAGAGUCUGCCGCCCCUGCAGAUGCCGAGGAAAGUGAAGUCUUGGAAGAUGACGAGACGCGGCACAUGACUGUUGGUGAGCUGCGACAGCGAAUUCAUUUGUUGAACAAUGAUAUUCGAAUCAUGAAGUCUGAUGUCCAGCGCAUCACCCACGAAAGCCGUGGUCAACGUGAACGAAUCCGAGAAAACCAGGAAAAAGUCAAGCUGAACAAGCAGCUUCCAUAUCUUGUGGCCAAUGUUGUGGAAGUUUUGGAGCCUGAUGCCGAGGAUGGAUUGGAGGAGGAAGAACGAGAGGCAGGAGACGCCACGGAUGUGGAUGCCCAGCGAAAGACUCGUUCGGCGGUUGUUCGUACUUCCACUCGCCAGACUAUUUUCCUCCCAGUGCCAGGGCUUGUCAAUCCAGAAGAGCUCAAGCCCAGUGAUCUAGUGGGAACCAACAAAGACUCCUACCUGAUUUUGGAAAAGUUGCCAGAAGAAUUCGAUUCUCGAGUUCAGGCAAUGGAGGUCGAUGAACGGCCCACUGAGGAGUAUUCGGAUAUUGGGGGAGCCGAUCAGCAGAUCCAGGAACUGAUUGAAGCGGUAGUGUUGCCAAUGACCCACAAAGAUAUGUUUGAUACUAUCGGUAUCCGUCCACCCAAGGGAGUGCUGCUUCACGGCCCCCCCGGAACUGGCAAAACCUUGCUCGCGAGAGCAUGCGCCAAUCAAACCAACGCCAUUUUCCUCAAGCUUGCAGGACCACAGUUGGUUCAGAUGUUCAUUGGUGAUGGAGCAAAGCUAAUCCGGGAUGCGUUUGAAUUGGCGAAGGCAAAGAUCAAACAGGGGGUAAGUGCUGGAGCCAUCCUCUUUAUUGAUGAGAUUGAUGCGAUUGGUACAAAGCGUUUUGGUGGAGAUCAAAGCGGAGACCGAGAGGUGCAGCGAACCAUGUUGGAGUUGCUCAGUCAGUUGGACGGGUUCAGCAGCAACGAAAUGAUCAAGGUGAUUGCAGCCACAAAUCGUCCUGAUGUUCUUGAUCCUGCCUUGUUGCGAUCCGGACGUCUUGACCGAAAAAUUGAAUUGCCUCAUCCCAACGAGGAUGCUCGUGCCAAGAUUUUGAGGAUCCACUCCCGAAAGAUGAAUGUCAGCUCGGAGGUUGUCUUUGAAGAACUUGCUCGAUCAUGCGAGGAUUUCAACGGAGCCCAAUUGAAGGCUGUAGCGACAGAAGCCGGAAUAUUUGCUCUGCGACGAGAGAGCACCGAAAUUAUGCACGAGGACUUUGUAGAAGCCAUCACGGUGGUAGCGGCGAAGAAGAAGGGUAGUUUGGAUUAUUUCGCUUGAGGAAACCACACAACAAUGCUUCAGUCUGCUCUCACACAAACAUAUGGUUUCUUGCCAGAGACAAGUAAACCUUUAUAACGACGCCGGUACUAUCUUUCUCAUGCAGUUGGAACUUGCCAGAGUACUGCUGAAUGUUCUAGCUAGAUGGCGUCGGAAGCCAGCAUCAUCCUCGCAUUCAGGACUUGCUAGGUACAAACACGUUAGUUCCUUGCUCGUUUUCUUCAAAAGCAUUUUAGGCUGUUGGGUGAUGGGGCGUACCGAACCAAGUACUGGUUGUCGGUGCAACUGGUACCGCAGCAAGUGUGCAACUCUGACGCGACAGUGUUGCCAAGCUCCCAAUACCGUACCGGUACCAGUGUGCCAGUUGGCAGGUUUUAGUUCCAGAAUUGGCAGACAAAUAUGCGGUGCAGCUCUGACGUGACAGUGUCCCAAGCUCCCAAUAUCCAAUUCUGCCAGUUGGCACUUUUUAGAAUUGCUAUCUCUAGCUGGCCUCCGGUACGGGUACGGUAGGGUGCGAUAGUAGGGCAGACGCAGAGGAUAUUUCAAGGCAAGGGUAUCGAAUGAUAUCUUUGGCCCUUCAAAUGCCAGUUGGCAUAGACGUAUCUGUUGGUUCCAUUGGUGCCGUCAUGGUCUUCCAAUACUACAGUACGGGUUAUUAACUUAAAAUAGGUCUAGCUAGCUAGCUUUGUCUCGGCGGCGCACCCACAGUGGCGCCAAUGAUAUCACAAUGUGUUCUGAGCUGCAUUUCGUACCGUAGCUCUGCUGGCUCCCAUGGUUGAAGUGACGGAAGAUACGUCAGUUUUCAAGGC